AUGGUGACGUUUGAUAAAAACCCAUUUUCUUGGAAUGAAAGAGGCGACAUCAGCAGCGUAGUAGGAGCUUUAUCCCUCACAACAAAAAAUGGAUCUGGUAUCCCCGUGGAGAACUUAAGUGAUGAUAUUGAGAUUCUUUUACCACGGGUGAUUGGAGGGCAGGUGAACAGCUCUGUUUUGGACCUGGGGAACUACAGCACAACGAUCAUCAACAUUCCCUCAAAUGACUCUACUGUGAUAUUAAAGAUGGUGCCUUCAGUGGAUCCUUUACCCUUCAAACUGUUCCUUGGUUAUAUGGAGUAUCCCACUGAGACAAAUCAUGUAGCGAUGACGGAAAUGCCCUUUCAGGGUGCUACACAAGAGGAGAGGUACACAUGGCUCCUUGACCCUAAGAAUUUAAAGGGACACGCUGGGGUCCACUAUCUCGUGGUAAGGCCUAUCGUGGGUCCAGGUAUAAAAUCCAUCAAUGCCACUUUAUCAAUUACCCCAAUCACGACCUCGUGUAAAUUUUGGAAUGAAUCAAAAUUGGAGUGGAGCGAUUCUGGAUGUAGAGUUGGGAUCAAGUCCACACAUUUGGUCACCCAGUGCCUCUGCAAUCACCUCACCUUCUUUGGAAGCUCUGUCUUUGUCACUCCCAAUCUUGUUGACCCAUCUCGCACUGCUGAGCUGUUUGCAACCUUCGCUCAAAAUCCAGUGGUUGUGUGCUUUGUCGGAGCCCUCUUUGUGACUUACCUCUUGGUGGUCGUGUGGGCAAGGUGCAAGGAUAUCAAAGACACAGCCAAGGUGAAGGUGACCGUCCUUGAGGACAAUGACCCCAGGGAUGGGUACGGCUAUCUGUUGCGUGUCAACACUGGAUAUCGUUUUGGAGCCUCCACAUCCUCUCAGGUAAUCGUUACUCUUCUGGGUGCAGAAGGAAACAGUGAACCCCACCACCUCAGCGAUUCAAAGAAACCUGUGUUUGAAAGGGGAGCAAUGGAUAUGUUUCUGAUAACUACCCCCUUCUUCCUGGGAGAGCUGAAGGGCAUCAGACUCUGGCACGACAACUCAGGAAGUCAUCCCGCCUGGUACGUAGGCAACGUUGUGGCGCAGGAUUUACAAACCAAACAGAAGUGGUAUUUUAUGUGCAAUUCCUGGCUCGCAUUAGAUAUGGGGGACUGCCUGCUCGAUAAAGUUUUUCCUGUUUCAGAAGAGAUGGAUCUGAAGAAGUUCAGUAAUUUAUUCUUCAUGAAGAUGACAAAAGACUUCAGCGACGGUCACCUCUGGUACUCUGUGAUCAGUCGACCACCGAGCAGCACUUUCACGUGUGUGCAGAGGGUGUCAUGUUGUUUCUCUCUGCUACUCUGCACCAUGCUGACCAGCAUCAUGUUUUAUGGGAUCCCAUCAGAUCCCUCUGACCAGGUCAUGGACUUGGGUCACUUUGAGUUCACCUGGCAGCAGUUCAUGAUUGGAGUUCAGAGCUCCUUAAUAAUGUUCCCAGUGAAUAUCCUCAUAGUUAGUAUCUUCAGAAACAGUCGUCCUCGGGAGACAUCUUGUUGUAAGCGCAAAUCAAAGACAACAAAAACCCACCAGCAGGACAGCACUUUACACACUGUUAACUCACAGGCGGUGACCAGCAUGAGUGUCAAUACAACUCUAGACACCAUCAUUAAGGAUAUCACAACAAUUGCCCAUUCACUCACACAGACGGCAAAAAGCAACAUCCCACUUGUGGAAUCUGCGUUUGGACCUGGACAAGACACUGACAUCAAUGCUAUCCUCUCUGUGGUGGAAGAUUUCAUCAAACAGAAUAACAAACCUGAGAGCAGUGCCUGUGAGCGUCCUGUACCUGGAGCAGAAGACAUUCCAAAAAAGAGCAACAAAACCAUGUAUUUGUACAGGCAACUGUGUCACAUUGACAAGGAGCUGAGUGUGCUGCACCCGUCCAGCCUCCCCAACCCCCGCACCUACCACCAGGCCCUGCAGCAAGUCCAGGGCAUGAAGAGUUUCCUUGAAGAUCAGCUCUUCGCAUUGAGCUCCAUUACUGUAGAUGAAACAACCCAUGAGAAGUCCAGCACAGGAAACAGCGCUGCUUGUGAGGGGAGUCGGAAGAAAAGGUGGUGCUUCUGUCAUGGAUUGUUCCCCUGGUGGUUUGUCUUUGUUGGCUGGCUGCUGGUGAUCGCCACCAGCUUUGUAUCAGGAUAUUUCACAAUGCUGUAUGGGUUGAAAUUUGGGAAGGAUCGCUCUAUAAACUGGCUGGUAUCCAUGAUUGUGUCGUUUUUCCAGAGUCUUCUCCUCAUUCAGCCUGUAAAGGUGCUAUGCCUUGCAGUUUUCUUUGCAUUGGUAGUAAAGAAACUUGAUGAAGAUAAUGUACAAAAUAUAGAAUUUGUAAAAUAUGACAGGAAUCUAGAAAAAGGUAAGGACCAACAAAAUUUCCGACGGGAAUACCAUCUGUAUGAGCCACCUCCUCCUGUGGAAAUUGAGAGGAUGAAAAAGAGAAAGGUUAUGCAGCAGAAGGCCUUUGCUCUCCUCAGGGAGAUUUUGACCUACAUGGGCUUCUUGUGGAUGUUACUGCUGGUGGCAUAUGGCCAGAGAGACCCCAAUGCCUUUUUCCUAAACCAACACAUUAGGAAUCGCUUCACUGGGAGAAUCUCAGAGAGCAUGAAUCUAGAGGAUGUGUUCACCUGGGCCAACGUCUCUCUACUCACCAACCUCUUUGGAGAAUAUCCAGGGUUUAUCACGGAUGGAAACUCCAAGCUGGUUGGUAAUGCUCGUCUUCGUCAGUUGAGAGUGCAGAAGAACUCAUGUCAGAUUGCAGACUCCAUGCUUAGUUUGGUGCCAGACUGCCGUGCUCUGUAUUCAUGGGAGGUGGAGGACAUGGGAUCCUAUAAACCUGGCUGGAACCAUUCUGUGAGGGAUAAUAGUUCUGCAGGCCCUUCCAGUCCCUGGACGUACCAGACGCAGGCUCAGCUCAGGGCUCGAGCUGUCUGGGGAAAAGUGGUUCUCUACAGGGGAGGGGGCUUCGUGACGGAGCUCGGUCCAGAUCUAUCAAAUGCCAGCAGCACACUUGAGCAUCUUUUCAGGAAUAAAUGGCUUGACAUGUACACAAGGGCCAUCUUUGUGGAGUUCACAGUUUACAACGCCAACGUGAACCUCUUCUGUAUUGUUACACUCUUGAUGGAAACCCCAGCAGUCGGGGCUUUUCAUUUCCACAGUGAGUUGCAGAGUGUUCGCCUUUACCAGUCGACCGAUGGCCUUUACUUCUUUGUCAUGGCCGCUGAGAUCAUUUAUUUACUUUUUAUCCUCUAUUACAUGUUCCUGCAGGGUAAACUAAUGAAAAAUCAGCGUUGGCUUUAUUUCAAAAACAAGUGGAACCUUCUGGAGCUGAGCAUCAUCCUACUGAGCUGGAGUGCCGUAGCUGUGCUUAUCAAGAGGACCUUACUUGGAAACCGGGAUUUGACCUACUACCAAAACCACAAAGACCAAUUUGCUAGUUUUUAUGAGACAGCCACAGCGGACUUGGUGCUCCAGUAUCUGAUCGCCUUCCUGGUCCUCCUUGCUACUAUCAAAUUAUGGCACCUGCUGAGACUGAACCCCAAGAUGUAUAUGAUCACAGCUGCACUGCAGCGAGCCUGGAGCGACAUAUCCAGUUUCCUUGUGAUAAUAGUGAUCAUAUUAGUAGCAUACUCCAGUACAAGCAACGUGAUUUAUGGAUGGAAGAUUUCAUCUUAUAAAACGUUCAUGGAUUCCCUUCUGACUUUUAUCAGUUUGCAGGCAGGCAUCUUUAACUAUGAUGAGGUCCUGGACAGCAACCCUGUGCUCGGUGGAAUACUCGUUGGUUCCUGUAUCGUGUUCAUGACGUUUUUGUUGCUCAAUCUUUUUAUAUCAGUCAUCCUAGUUGCACUAAACAAGGAGCAAAUACAGCACAAGCCCUCAGAGGAGGAAGAAAUUGUUGACCUCAUGCUUCAGAAUAUCUUGGGUCUGUUUGGGAUCACAUAUACAAACAAAAAAGACUCUGGGAAUGACUGCAGUGACAUCUCUCAAUAACAGCAGAGAUAUGCGAAACAUAUCAACAACUCAUGUUAACAUAUUUUAGACUUGUGACA